GUGAGUGCAGCCGUAGAAGGUGUCAUCUAUUGUCUGUCGUGCAAAAUGCCCGGCUAUGCUCCUUCACUGAAUGCUUCUCCCCUUCAUGGUGCCAUUGUUGCCCUAGUGUGCAGAAGCAAGCUAGGGAUAACCUACCACGGCAACUCAGCAACCGACACCAAAGGCUACUUCUUCAUCAAAGUACAGAACAUAAAGAAGCCAAGCGUCAUGCCGGGCACGUGCAAGGUGGUAGUCAGACCGCCGGCGUUCUGCAACAAACCGAUCAUCCCCAAAAAUCUACAGUAUGGAGUUCCUCCCAAGUACGAAAGAACCGAGAAGGCUGGGUCCUCUAAGUUGGUCCUCUUCACUGUCGGGUUCCUCGAGUAUGGCCCUUCUCGCCCUGGGCUUUGUCCUCGUCAGCGUUGAGAGUUUGAGGAGACUAGUUAAUUUGCACGCGCUUGGAUUUAGAAGUUAUUUCUGAUGAUCAAUAAAAUUAGGAAAGAAUAAGUUGUUCUCUUGAGAGAUAUUUCUGGUUUGAGUAACUUUCUGUAGGGAAUGGAAUCGAAUUUAGGGACUACUCUACUAUAAUCUUUGUUUUGUUGAUUGGACUUCAAAUUAAAGGAUAUUGACCUGGUAACAUCUUUAUAUGGUUUAGUG